AUGGGCUCUGAUCAAAGUCUAGCGAAGAAACAAGUUGACGAUCGAGCUUGUAGUCGAUCAACUGUUGAUCUACUACAGGCUCAGUGGUACUGGAAAUCGAAUUCCGACCGAUUUUCGGCGAAUGAAAUAGAAGAAUGGACAGAGUAUUCUGAUAUCGAAUCAAAAAUUAUUGAAGCGGCCUUUAAUGGAGAAAGCAGACCAAAACUGGCUGAAUUGGAUAAUUACUGGAUCAAUGUAAAGGAUUCUAUUCAAAUUAAUAAACACGACCAAAAUAAACAAAGACAGAUAAAGCGAAUUUUGAUUAAUAGAAAUCAAAACGAAGGUGUAAGAAAAAGACGUUUUCUUACACCAGAAUUAGGUGAGCCGUUCAGCGAGUCGGGAUUGGAGGGAGGGAUUGCUUUUAUUUAUGAUUGGAAGAAAAGAAACAAAACGCUUUCAGACAAUAUAUCAUCAUUUUCACACUAUGAUGAAGAAGAAGUACUCUUACCCCCUGGAACCACAUUUCGAAUUGAUAAAGUGGAAAAAACAACAAUAGAAACGUACAUUCAUUUAUUUUUGAUACCCGAAGUUCGCAUGGUGCUGCUUGGGAGAACUGGAACAGAACUUGGCCCAGAAAUAAUAUUACCAGAAAUUUCUAGUGCUCACCAAGUUGCAGCACCAGGUCCAGAUGUUUUCCUAAUUGUUCUUCAAUUCGAUCGUUUCACACCACAAGAAGCAGCAGCAUCAAAAUGGAUAACUGAAGUAUUUGAUGAGCGAGCUCUUGAUUAUUGCAUUAUUGUGUUCACUGGUUUAGAUGGCCUUAAAAGAGAUAGAAUAACUGUUGAAGAGUUUCUUCAAGAUGCCCCAGCUUUCUUACAAAAUCUGAUAGCAAAAUGUGAGGGUAGAUAUAUUGCCGUCGAUAAUACACUAAGUGCUGAUGAACAAGACGAAACAAUCAAGGUUUUAUUGGAUAAAAUAUCAAGGAUGACGGAAAACAAUGGUGGGCAAUUCUAUAACAACAAAAAACUUCUUCAAAUAGGCAGUGUAUUAGAUAGGUAUCCAGGUUGGUUUGAUUCAUUGAAACCGGAUGGAACUGUCAAUUUAUUACAAGAAACAGAAAAAAUCGUUGGUGAUGGACUUGUUGAUAAACUACGAAAGAUCUUCAGAUAA